AUGCCGUCCGCCGCCCUCGAGUCAAAACCGAGCUCUGCUCAAAGCUCAAAACCCUCGUCCAUCAAGUCGUCGCACGACGGAAAGAGAUCGCCCACUCUGCUCUCCCAGAAUGGGUCUGAGAAGCUCUCUCCAUCCCCCAGCGAGACCCAGCUGAAGCCUGCCUCCGAGAAGACCUCGGUCAAGGAUCGCCUUUCUCGCAUGUUCUCAACAAAGGACGUCACCAAGGUGCACGUCAAUGGCGAUGUCACACCUCGAUCUCGCGGCCCGUCAAUUAGCGGCGCUUCUUCUCCCGCCCCGCGAAAGGAAUCAAUAGAAAAGCCCGCCGAGAAGCUGCCCGCUGCAAAACCCAAAGAAGCCACCAAAGCCAAAGAACCAGCCAAGCCUAAGGACUCAAAUCGCUUCACUGUGCUGCCCGACGUCCCGGGCGGACACGAGCAUCUCCUACGGUCCAGCCGAAGACAGGAGAAGCUGUCGGACAUGUGGCGAAGCAUCCUCGGAAAGAGGCAAGAAGCCCCGCCCCAGCACGAUCUCUCCCUGGUGUCCAACUGGGUCGACUCGCUGCGCCAGGAGAAGGAGGAGGCUGCCGACAAAAAGGCCGGUCCCCACGCCAACUCAACUUUGGUGGAAAAGUACGGCAAGUGCCAGGAAGUCGUCGGCCGCGGCGCCUUUGGCAUCGUCAGGAUAUCUCACAAAAAGGUUGGCAGCAGCGGCGAGAAGCUGUUCGCCGUCAAGGAGUUCCGCCGCCGCCCUGAAGAGUCGGAGAAGAAGUACAGCAAGCGUCUUACCGCUGAAUUCUGCAUCUCUUCCUCCCUGCGCCACCCCAACGUCAUCCACACCCUCGACCUGCUCAAGGAUGCCAAGGGCGAUUACUGCGAAGUCAUGGAGUUUUGCUCUGGCGGUGACCUGUACACCCUUAUCCUGUCCAGCGGCAAGCUCGAGGUCCAAGAGGCAGACUGCUUCUUCAAGCAGAUGAUGCGCGGCGUCGAGUACCUCCACGAGAUGGGAGUCGCCCACCGAGACCUCAAGCCCGAGAACCUGCUCCUCACCACCCGUGGCGCUCUGAAAAUUACUGAUUUUGGCAACGGCGAGUGUUUCCGCAUGGCAUGGGAGUCGGAUGCCCACAUGGUCUCUGGACUAUGCGGAUCUGCCCCUUACAUCGCUCCCGAAGAGUACACCGACAAGGAAUUCGACGCCCGCGCUGUCGAUGUGUGGGCUUGCGGUGUUAUUUACAUGGCCAUGCGCACCGGGAGACAUCUCUGGCGUCUCGCCAAGAAGGACGAGGACGAGUUUUACGCUCGCUACCUGGAGGGUCGCCGCGACGAAGAGGGCUAUGGUCCCAUCGAGUCAUUACAUAGGGCUCGAUGUCGAAAUGUCAUCUACUCCGUUUUGGAUCCCCAUCCCGCACGGCGUCUUACAGCCGCUCAGGUUCUCAAGUCUGAGUGGGUUCGUGAGAUUAAACUUUGCAAGGCCGGCGAAGAAGGUCUCUAAAAUGG